AUAUUCAUAACGUCUUGCCACUUAUCUCUGGACUCUGGCUCAACUGCAAUUGGCUUUCGGAAAGGAGGUAUUGCGUGAUACAUGUACUCACCGAUAUGUCGAUGGUGUCCAAGGCCACACGUCGAAAUGGCAUGUGGAGAGGUUCAGUGCCGCGCGUAAAGUAGCUUCCGAAUACUUGGUACAGUAAUUGAAAUCAAGAGGAAAGAACAGUAAUUAUUUUGGAACGAGACUAUCAACAGAGAAGUCACGAUGAAUUAGUUGAUGAUGGUGGAUAUUCCUGCAUAACGAAGCAAUAGUCUUCCUAUCCAGGUACUUGGUAUGCUGUCCCCAGAGAAAGUCAGUGAAGCUCAGCAGACUCUCGGAACAGCGGAGUUUUCCAGACGGGCCCAGGAGCUGGUGGAGAAGAUCUCUGGCUGUUCCGGAGACCAGGGAAGCACUGAGAAUGUCCUUGAUGACCUCGUGCAGCUCAUUGACGGCUUUCCAGUAGAGCAUGGCUCUAGCAGUGAUCCGAAUGUGCACAAGCCCUUCCAAGACUCCUACAACUCAGCGAUCAAUCUGUGGAAUUUAGCGGUGACGUUCAAAAGCAAUGGGACGCUUGCUGAAGAAAAGAACUCUCUCAAUGCACAGAUGCGUCAUGCAGCAUGUCGAUUGGCCUCGCUUUGCACGAUGUCAUUGCCAUCGACAAGCGCUGCAUUUGCGAAGGUUGCCCAAAUGGCUCUGAAAACAGCCCGUGCCUGGAUAGAAUGUGAAAACCCGUCGAUGGCUGAGGCAUCCCUUGCUCUCGCGUCCGAGUUUCACAUCAAGCAGACCGAAUCAUACCAAACUGAACACGAUACGGCAGGCGCAUGUGUGCCGGAGGCGAAGAGGAAGGAGCAAGAUGCCCAGAGACUUCGAAUAGAUCUCUAUGAAGUUGAAGUGGCCUCUUCACUGGGUCAACAACAAAGAGCCGUGGACAAGUUCAUGGACGUGAAGUCAUUGCUGGGACACUGCCCAAAGCAGGGUCCUGCGGCUGCGAUGCUUGCGUACAACCUGGGAGUGACUUGUUUCAAACAAUUCAACUUUCCGUUCUCAGCCACUUGGCUCCGUGAGAGCCAUGAUGUGGGGAAGCUCUGUCGAAUAAGUCCUUCAAAACAGGCCAGAACACUUCGACUCCUGUCAAGAGCAUAUGUGGAGUCCAGUGAUGACUCUAACCUCCAGAAAGCUCUGAAUGCAGCAGACCUCGCAAAUACGGAGCAACUUCAUCCCGCCGGACUCUACUGUAAAUUAUCAGUGUUGCUGAAGAUGAGUGCUUCCGAGAGUCUGCUCAGACAAGCACUGUUGGAAUAUGUCUCACAUCCGGAAGUCUCCAUUGACAUGGCUUUGGUUGCAACGAAAGACCUGGUGCAGCACAACAGAUCCCAGCUUGCUGCAACUGGGCUGGAGCAUCUGGCAACACGCCACCAGAACACCCCGAACGAAAUGCUCAUUCACCUGGAAGAACUAGAGUUGUUACUCCAGUUAGAGAAGACAGAUGACGCAUGCAGAGUUGUUGACCAUUGUCUGUCAUCGCACAACGAAUACCAGCCACUUUCCGCUGCGGACCGACAACGUCUCCAUACCGUCCUGUGGAAGCAUGCAGCCUCUGCAUAUGAGGCUGGCAAGUACAAGUUGGCACUGAUGUGGUAUGACUACUCAGCAGAAUUCUUCUCCAGCAGUGAGCUUGAAAGCAAGAAUUCUUGCAAGCUACAGCGAAAUCGGUGCUUGUGUUUUCUUGGUUUACGGCACUUCAACGAGGCGGCCUUGGCCAUUCAACAAGCACAACAGUACGAUCCGGACAAUCCCUACUCGCACUUCUUGCUAUUCAAAAUAGCCCUGCUGCAGGGUGAAGACCAGAAAGCGAUAGACGAACUCAAGGCCAUGGUUCAAGUCGGUAGCAAGGCCAGCCGUGAAGUUGUCAGCAAGCAGGAGAUCAAUGGACUGAUCAGUCUGGCAGCACAGUUGGCCUUUGAGAAGAGCAAUCGCGGAAUUGCCAUGCAUGCAUUGGAAGGCCUCAUACAGUACUCUGCUGACGGCAGUCAAGUCCUAGUUGCUUUGAGGUGCUUGGUGCGGCUACGGUGUACGUUCUUGUCCGAGAGCAACAUGUCCGACCUGGCGUCUUUAGUCUUCUACAUAAAGACAGCCCUGGAAAAGCUGCAAGCAAUGUGCAGUGAUCAGUCGUCUGAAGAAAUACAGUCCGAAGUCACUUGGUUCAUGAAGAUGGCGUGGAACAUAACUCUGCAAUGCGUUGAUGCUGUUGAGGAAUUGCAUUCCUUCUUCAUCCUCUGCUACAAGUUCACCCUUCUUCUUCCCAGUGACAACACGUUGCUGGUGCGGCAGAAGACCUGCUUGCUGAUGGCAGCAGCAGCAUCCCUGCAACUGGCCCGGGAGAGCUCUGACAAGGAAACCAAGGAAGGACAUCUGGUGACAACCCUGGAGCACAUCAAAGAGUGCCAGCGUGCAUGUGAUCUGCUAACAAAGAGACAAAUUGCUCGCAGUCAGCAAGCCGACAUGGCCCGUGUUCUGAUCACUCUCUAUGAGUUUGAGUGCAAGGCUAAGCUACGGCAGGGUGACCUGCAGAGUAUACUGGACUCACUCUCAGACAUGGACUCACCGGAUGGAAACACGUUUGAAACUGUUGCAGCAAUCGCUGUUGAUGCACCCGGAGACAAUCGGCAAGUUGCUAUGAAUGCCCUCCGUUUGGCUGUCAAGAGGCACAUGGACAAGAAACCGCCUGACAUCAUCAAGUACAGCAAGGCCAUCCACAGCCUAAUACACCUUGCCCUACAAGUGCAUAGUGACGUGGACCGUGCCGAGGCACUGCACCUCUACAGUAGUGUGAUGGACAUCCUUUCCAGACCAGAGAAGACUGCGUACCCAGAGAUGGAAAUCGUGUGGCUGAUGACCAAAUCAUGGAACACCGGAAUUCUCCUCUUCAGUGCAAUGAGCUACCUGGAGGCGGAGAAGUGGUGCAGCCAAGGACUUAAUCUGUUGGAGAAGCUUCCCACAAUGAAGGCCAAUUAUGAGUCCCAGAUGACGACUGCGUAUGCUGACGUACUGUCGAAAGCCGAAGUCUAUCAAAGCAGUAGUAGCAUUCGAGAGGAAUAAUACUGCCUGAGAAAGUCAAGAACAGAACCAGUCUGUUGCUCAAUAUGCAGAUAAUG